AUGAUCGAGCUAAAACCAAACGACGUAGAUGGAUACUUGUUGGCUGGGCAAUUUUAUGAAAAACGGAAUCGUCUUUCAGCUGCACGUGCCAUCUAUGCAAAUUCACUGUCAAAGGUCCCAUUAACCGAUCCACGUUAUCAUGAACUUGAUCUCGCUCUCAAAAAUCUCGAUACGCGACGGAGUUCUUUCGUUUCCUUGUUUCCAUAUGAUAUUUCAGAAACCAUUUUCAGGUAUUUGACACGCGACGACCUUAUCGAAUGCGCUGGCGUUUGUCAAGUAUGGAAUCAUUUUAUAUUACAGUGGCCCAAGUUUUGGGAAUUACUGGAUGGUGUCAUUGAGCGUACAGCCUUUGAUUCGCUAUUGGGUGACAAGGGUGAUCGAUUUUAUAUGCUAGGCGAAGCCAAUAACGCUCUUCUCAGCCCUAUGCUCGGGUAUCUUGUAGCCACUGGUGCAAGCAACAUCAAAAGCAUACAGUUCGAGGACAUGCUUUUGAAAGAAAAAGACAUCGACAUGGCUGUAAAUGCCGUAAAUUCAUGCACCUCCGCUGUGGAAGAGUUGACCUUCAAGGACGUUCAUCUCGGUGAUCCAGCACAUGUACUGCUCGAGGUUGUUGGACAAUGUCCUCAACUGAAACACUUUGCCUAUAGCGUGGGGAUUAGGGGCUUUGAUCGUGAGCAAACGUUCCCCAUCUCAUACCCUGCCAAAGACCCGCUUUUGAAGCGUAUCCCGCAUGAUGUUUACAUGCUUACAACUCUUGAUCUUUCCAUGGGCCGUAGUUUCACUGAACGUGUACAGCUACAACCCUUAAGCUUGCUUCCCAGAUUUUUAAAGAGGUGUCCUCAUCUUGAAAGGCUCAAGGUAGAUUCGGACGAUAUCGUCUCGCAUGAAAAACCCAAACGUGCCAGUAUUAAACGCUCUAGUCGCAUGAAAGAUUUGAUGUCGGCUGUUGUCAAGUACUGCCCUCGUUUGAAGGAUUUGGUAUCAGCCCAUCCUGCAUGGAGCAUGCCAAGCAUUGAUGAAGAUUUACGAUGCAACAUGGCUGAUUCGGAAAAGAAGGGUCUUCAGCGUUUCGUCUUUUCGUAUUAUAUGGAGGACACGCUGAUCUGGGCUUCGGAUCUUGUGCCAUUGAUCAAGAAGCAUCACAAGACGCUGGCAGUACUCUACCUCCGCUUUGAUGAUGACAAGUUGCUGGACACUCGCUUUCUUCUUCUGUUGGCUCGCUAUGGGAUGCCACAGCUACGCGAAUUAUACUUAUAUACAGAGGGCAGCCGUCCAGAAUAUACAUGGACUACCAUUUACCGUAAGGAGACAUUAUUAAGCCAGGCCAUUCGUACCCUUCGACGUCGUAAGAAGUCAUCAUUAACCCAUUACAUUAUUGCCCUUCGUCGUAAGCCAUCAUUAAGCCAAGUCAUUAUUAACCUUGGUCGUAAGAAGCCAACAUUGAGCCAAGCCAUUGUUGCCCUUGCUAAACGAUGUCCCGAGUUGCGAAUACUCCAUGUUGUGGAGAAAAGGAUAUAUUGUUGGGACCCCAGCCUAUACGAAAUCGAUAUUCGUGCAAUUUUCUCAGUCAUCCUGCAUUGUCGUUUUCUCAAGCAAUUCAAGAUAGACACCAAAAGGAACCAUACCGCCGAAAUACGAGGAUGA